AAACCCCAAUCCUCCUUGUGUCUCCCAGUCAGGACCCCCCGGGCGAAUUACACGUUGGUCGGGGAGGUGAUACGUCAUGUCAUACCUGGAGCCACACAGUGCUCCAUAGGGUGUGGAGGUCUGAACUGCAAAUAUGAGGACCCUGACCGCUGGAGCGAGGACAAGCAAGCCAUCAAAGGCCUCUAUUCCUCCUGGGUCACAGAGAACCUUCUUGCCAUGGCCAGGCCCUCUACUGCAUUAAUAGAAAAGUACAACAUCAUUGACCAAUUUAAAAGAUGUGGCCUAAAGACGGUGAUAAACCUGCAGAGACCAGGGGAACACGCCAGCUGUGGUCCCAACACACUGGAACCAGAGAGUGGAUUCUCCUACCGACCUGAGGUGUUCAUGGAGAAUGACAUAUAUUUCUAUAACUUUGGAUGGAAUGACUACGGGGUGGCCUCCCUCACAUCCAUCCUGGACAUGGUGAAAGUCAUGUCCUUUGCGAUGCAGGAGGGGAAAAUGUCUGUCCACUGUCAUGCUGGUCUGGGAAGAACAGGUGUGUUGUUAGCGUGUUACCUGGUCUUCGCCACGAGGAUGACCGCUGACCAGGCCAUCGUGUUUGUACGUUCUAAACGUCCCAACUCCAUCCAGACCAGAGGUCAGCUGUAUUGCGUGCGGGAGUUUGCCCAGUUCCUGGUCCCCAUCAGGAGUAUUUUCUCCUGCGCUGAGCCCAGUACUAACCCAGUCACCCUGUCCCAGUUCCUGACCCGCCAGAGACACAUGCUGCACGGCUAUGAGCGACGGGAGCUCAGGCACCUGCCCAAGAUCAUCCAUGUGAUCUGCAAGCUGCUGCUGGACAUCGCUGAGCACCGUCAGGUAAUCGAGGAGGACAUGCUGGACGUCAAUGACAUGACCGCCGAGGAGGAGGUGGAGUUCGAGCGCUACUACGACUUUGGCUUCACCAAGGGUAGCUUCGGCGGAGGCAGCAUGGGGGACCGGCCCCGCUUACCGGGACCCCCAACCAAACACCGACACGCUAACGAACCGGCCCUCUUCUACCACCGCAAGAGCCUGAGCUACAGCGAGUCGGACGUACAGAGGCUAGGCUCUGAACUCCACCUGCUGACCCAACCUCUCUCCAACUUUCUAUCCGCUAGCAACUUGCCUGUGGCCUGUUCUCCCUCCCUGACCUCCCUGCAUAGAACCCUGGCCACGGUCAGUCCCAUCACCACCACGUACAGCUCCCAAAAUGGAUUCUUUCCCCAUGGGUCCCUCUGGGAGCAGAAGAGCCUGGCGGAGGGAUCCCCACUCCUAAAGAAGAGGCAGAAAGCCUGCCAGAGCAGCGAGUAUGAGUGCCACCCUAAGCAGAAAACGUUUGGCAGCAUGUUUUUUAGGUGGAGGAAGAAGCAGAGGGAGAAGUUAGUGAACAAUGGGAAUGUGUCCCAGGUGUUUCAGAUAGAGGAGUCAGAGGUGCCCUUCAUCACCAUCCAGACAGAGCUGUCCAAGGAGGCCAGGCGGGUGCUGGUGGCCCAGGCCCUGGCGGUGGAUCUGGAGCUGGAUGGAGAGGACGAACACUUGGAGAAACUCCACGCCUGGCAGUCUGGGUUAAACAUGGGAGGGGCGUGGGAGAGGCUGUGUACAUUAGAGAAGGACCCAUUUGUGCUCUCUGGGCUGAUGUGGACCUGGCUGGAGCAGCUGAAGGAGCCAGUCAUCUCCGUCAGAGAUGUACAGAAACUGGACCUUAACGACAGUGACCCUGCAAACCCAGAGGCUGUCUUCAAACCACUGGACCAGGCUCCCAGGGAGAUGUUGAUGUGCAUUCUGGACUGUAUGGCUCAUGUUCUCACAAUACCAGAAGAGGUGGAGGCUGCUUUCCUGGAGCGCACCAUCAAGGCUUUCACCAAGAUGGGAAAAUCCUCAGCGGUGUAUCCGGCCAUGACAGAGAUCCUCAGGCUGGUCCUACAUGACAUGAGGUUUAUAGCCAUAGAGGAGGAUGAGGUACCAUUUAUGCCUCCCGGCCCUAUUAUGCUGACUCCAUAGCCCUGCUGCAUUCUGUUCCAGACUGUCCCUAUGUAGAGACUUGUUAUAUAUUAAACAGCCAUAUACAGUGGCAAGAAAAAGUAUGUGAACCCUUUGGAAUUACCUGGACUUCUGCAUCAAUUGGUUAUACAUUUUUAUCUGAUCUUCAUCCAGGUCACAACAAUAGACAAACACAUUCUGCUUAAACUAAUAACACACAAACAAUUAUACUUUUUCAUGUCUUUAUUGAACAUCGUGUAAACAUUCACAGUGCAGUGUGGAAAAAGUAUGUGAACCCUUGGAUUUAAUAACUGGUUGACCCUCCUUUGGCAGCAUAACCUCAAGCAAACGUUUUCUGUAGUUGUGGAUCAGACCUGCACAACGGUCAGGAGGAGAAUUUUUUAACUAUUCCUCUUUACAAAACUGUUUCAGUUCAGCAAUAUUCUUGGGAUGUCUGGUGUGAACUGCUCUCUUGAGGUUAUGCCACAGCAUCUCAAUCUUCUGAUGAAGUCAUUCUGUUGUUGAUUUACUUCUGUGUUUUACGUCGUUGUCCUGUUGCAUCACCCAACUUCUGUUGAGCUUCAAUUGGCAGACAGAUAGCCUUACAUUCUCCUGCAGAAUGUCUUGCUAAACUUGGGAAUACAUUUUUCGUCGAUGAUAGCAAGCUGUCCAGGCCCUGAGGCAGCCAAGCAGCUCCAAACCAUGAUGCUCCCUCCACCAUACUUUAGAGUUGGGAUGAGGUUUUGAUGUUGGUGUACUGUGCCUUUUUUUUCCACAAAUAGUGUUGUGUGUUCCUUCCAAACAACUCUAGUUUCAUCUGUCCACAGAAUAUUUUGCCAGUAGCGCUGUGGAACAUCCAGAUGCUCUUUUGCGAACUUCAGACGUGCAGCAAUGUGUUUUUUUUUGGACAUUAGUGGCUUCUUCCGUGGUGUCCUCCCAUGAACACCAUUCUUGUUUAGUGUUUUACGUAUUGUAGACUCGUCAACAGAGAUGUUAGCAUGUUCCAGAUAUUUUUGUAAGUCUUUUUAGCUGACACUCUAGGAUUCUUCUUAACCUUAUUGAGCAUUCUACGCUGUGCUCUUGCAGUCAUCUUUGCACUCCUAGGGAAAGUAGCAACAGUGCUGAACUUUCUCCAUUUACAGACAAUUUGUCUUACCGUGGACUGAUGAACAUCAUGGCUUUUAGAGAUUCUUUUGUAACCCUUUUCAGUUUAAUGCAAGUCAACAAUUCUUAAUAUUAGGUCUUCUGAGAUCUCUUUUGUUUGAGGCAUGGUUCACAUCAGACAAUGCGUCUUGUGAAUAGCAAAUUCAAAUUUUGCAAGUGUUUUUAUAGGGCAAGGCAGCUCUAACCAACAUCUCCAAUCUCGUCUCAUUGAUUGGACUCCUGACUCCAAAUAGCUUUUGGAGAAGUCAUUAGCCUAGGGGUUCACAUACUUUUUCCAACCUAGACUGUGAAUGUUUAAAUGAUGUAUUCAAUAUAAUUUGUGUGUUAUUAGUUUAAGCAGACUGUGUUUGUCUGUCGUUGUGACUUAGAUGAAAAUCUGAUCUAAUUUUAUGACCAAUUUAUUCAGAAAUCCAGAUAAUUCCAAAGGGUUCACAUACUUUUUCUUGCCACUGUAUGUUGUGCCUUCCUGUGCAGUUUGGGUUGUUUUUAAUCCAAGGUUUGUUAUUUUGUCAUCACAUAUUGUACUUUAAGUGUAUUGUAUUUAAAUAUGACUUGUUUACCUCAAUAUUGUACAGUUACAAUGCAGACCCAAGGAAAUGCAGUUUAUUUCAGAGUUUAAAAUUAAAGUGUCAGUUUGGUUUUGUUAAUUAAGCAGAUCAGGGUGGAGUACUUGUUACAGUAUAUGCCUUAGACUUGUAGUUAUAUUGAACAUGUAACAUCCAACACAUGAAUUUAAAUUCUUCCUCUCCACAUAAAGCCAGCUCAGUGAUAAUCACCAUCCCUGUACAGAAAUGUGGUAUUACACAAAAAGGAAGUAUCAUGGCAUGGUAAACUGCAAUGGUUUUCCCAUUCAUUCUUGCAUGGGCAGGCUUAACAUAAUGGCAAUAUUAAUCUGCAUUAGUUAUUGAUUACAAUGUCAAUUGCAUAAACAAACGGUUUAUAAAGCAGGCACAAUAGCAGUGAUUAAACUACUCGUAUACAGUGGUGGAAAAAAUACCCAAUUUUCAUACUUGAGUAAAA